AAGACUUUAAUAUGUAUAAAUAAUUGACUACAGUACCGAUGCUUUAAAAAUUAAGAGAUAAUGGCAGUUUUUCCAAAUGCCAAGGGACCACGCCCUCAUCCUUUUCCUCAAUUGCUACAUUAAAUCAGAUGCUUUUUUUUUGUGUGAAUCGAAUGCAUAACUGGAGCACAAGCAUCAGGGCGGCGGAGCUCCUCAACAAGAACACGGCAGAGCUCCUUGGAGCAGUGAGUCCUCUCUAUCCUGGCCUGCUCCCUCCCCGCGCUCACCCGUCGCCCCCAACCUCUCCAUGGCCAUGGCGACCUGCACCUUCUCCCCGCGCCCCUCCUCCCUCAGGCCCCUGCGGGCCGGCGCCAAGCUCCAGCUUCACCUCCUGCCCUUACACCGCCUCCACGCCGCCAGCCGAGGGAGCCGCCUCGAGCGCGCCGCCGCCGGGGACGCGCCCGUCAAGGUCGCGCCGCGCGCCGUGGCAGCCGCCUCGAGCGCACCGCCGCCAGGGAUGCGCCCGUCGAGGCCGCUGCCCAAGGAGCUCGAGGCGGAGCCGACACCUGCAGCCAAAAAUCUAGGAUGCUCGGGGAGCCGUGGUCUGCCGCCGGCGAUGGCGCUUAGGAAGAAGGCAAGAGGAGGGGCGAUGAGCUCGUCCCCUACCGGCCCCGUCGCGGCGUCGCGCUCCCGCCAUGGACGCUCGGAUGGGUUGGGGAAGAAAAGGAGGAAGGGGAUGACAUGUCGGGCCCACACAUCAGCAGUGGCACCAAUCCAGUUAACCAAAAAAAUAAAGGUGCACCACCAAAGGAUCAAACCCAUGACCUUAGCUGUAGCAGGGGCAGGUCUUACCACCGAGCUACAAAUCAAUUUGUGAUAAUAUUAGAAAGUUUUCUUUCUAUAAAAAGCAAACCACGUGGUGACAGGCAAAUGGCUGACGAGCCUGGCCACGAUGCAGAUUCCUAUGUGCGGGUGCGAGGCACGCCACGUGGCGGAGACAGCUUGCUGAUGGUUCAACUUUUCUCUUUUUAAUCCAUAAUUAAAAUUUCUAA